UCUGUGUCUUAAGAAUUUAAUCAGAUGGCAACCGUUGAUCAGACCGCUGUAACCACCGGAACUAAGAAGGCUUGUGUCAUUGGUGGCACAGGAAACUUAGCCUCUAUUCUGAUCAAGCAUUUGCUUCAAAGCGGCUACAAAGUUAACACCACAGUUAGAGAUCCAGAAAAUGAGAAGAAAAUGGCUCACCUUAAGGUACUUCAAGAGCUCGGGGACCUCAAGAUCUUCAAAGCGGAUUUAACCGAUGAAGGGAGUUUCACUUCACCAAUCUCGGGCUGUGAAUACGUUUUCCAUGUCGCAACACCAAUCAGCUUUACAUCUCAAGAUCCUGAGAAAGACAUGAUCAAACCAGCGGUACAAGGAGUGAUCAAUGUGUUGAAAUCUUGUUUAAAAUCGAACUCAAUCAAGCGCGUGAUCUACACAUCUUCAGCUGCUGCGGUCUCUAUCAACAGCAUUUCGGAACCAGGACUUGUGAUGACUGAAGAAAACUGGUCUGACGUUGAUUUUCUCACAAAGGAGAAGCCGUUUAACUGGGGUUACCCAGUCUCAAAGACUUUAGCAGAAAAGGAAGCUUAUAAAUUUGCGGAAGAGAAUAAGAUUGAUCUCGUUACUGUAGUUCCAGCACUCAUAGCCGGAAACUCUCUCCUCUCUGAUCCUCCGAGCAGUUUAUCUCUCUCCAUGUCUUUAAUCACUGGGAAAGAAAUGCAUCUGAGCGGUCUCAAGGAAAUGCAGAAGCUAUCUGGAUCCAUCUCGUUCAUCCACGUGGACGACCUAGCUCGUGCACAUAUGUUUCUGGCGGAGAAAGAAACAGCUUCUGGUCGCUACAUUUGCUGUUAUUACAACACAAAUGUUCCAGAGAUUGCGGAUUUUCUCAGGCGAAGAUAUCCUAUGUACAAUGUUUUGUCAGAAUUUGAAGAGGGCUUAUCAAGUGCGAAACUGACGCUAUCCUCGGAAAAACUCAUCAAGGAAGGCUUUCGAUUUGAAUAUGGGAUCAGUGAGAUGUAUGAUGAGAUGACGAAGUACUUCGAGUCAAAAGGAUUGAUCAAACCUUAAGUAUCUUGAU